AUGCCGCGUCCGUUCGGUGUUUGGGCUCCGGCCACGACACUCGCCGAGUACCGCGCCCGCAUCCCCAACCCGUUCGCGUACAGCUUCAGAUGGAUUUACUCGAUGAAGAGGGAAGUCUUCUACCCACCAGAGGCACUGGCCCACUUCAAAGACCCUCAGCAGUUUAAGGACGCUGUCGACACCAUUAUCGCGAUGCGUGUCUCGGAUAAGAUCUUCGGCGAGGGCCAGAAGCUCCCUCGCCACCCUGUCAUUCUCAUGUUGGUGGUGAUGGCGACGCACAGUUUCAUCAUCUUCAGCGCACUCAAGUACUACUACGGGACCUAUAUGCCGGCAAACAACCCAACGUGGCGCAAGACAGUCAACAAGGAGUGGGAGGAGGCCAUCAAUAACUCCCCGUGGGACCACAUGUCGCACGUUUGGCAAUACAGUGAUGAGUACGCGGCUGCGCUGGGUGAUACCGCUGCUCCCGGACAGCGCAAGUUCUACAUUCCCGCUUAA